UAGUUCGCACAUUAGGCGAGUUAGUCGAAUUAUAUAAUUAAAUAAAGUAAUUCAAUAAGUUAGUGGAUUAAUAAUAAAUUAUUUGCGGUGCUUGGUUGGAUUGGAGAUUGAAUGGACAAGUCCAUAUUUUUUUUUAAUGAAAAGUGACAGUGCUAGGAAAAUUCAAGAUUCCAUGUUUUAUUUUUAAGGAAUGGAUCAGACCAAAGAAACCCUUAAUGGAAGACAAGACUCACUCGCAAAAACUUAUGAGACUAAACAACAACACCAAAUUAAUUAUAAUGUAAAUACACCAAAUUACACGGACAACCACAAUCUAUUUCAAAUGAUAAAGUGUCAUGAAGACAGCUUAUUACGACUACAUCAUUUAACAACCAGUCGGCAAAUGAACAGUAACUAUGAACCCACAUACCAAAACGAUUUAGCUUGGUACCCAAAAGAUCUCCAACGGCAGUACAUAAAACCUGUCGAAUAUUUAGCUUACGAGGACAUGAGAAGAAAAUACGACGACGCCAAGGUUGCGAAAGAGAAGGAAGUCCAGAAAGAAUCAGAAGAAGAGAGAGAAGGGAAAGGAGAUGACAGAAAGAAGCCUAGGCGUAACAGAACCACGUUUACGAGCCAACAGUUAGCAGCUUUAGAAAAGGUUUUUGAAAAAACACAUUACCCAGAUGCUUUUGUAAGAGAAGAUUUGGCGUCCAGAGUAAAUUUAACAGAGGCAAGAGUACAGGUUUGGUUUCAAAAUAGACGCGCAAAAUUUCGCAGGAAUGAAAGAUCUGCGCUAUCAAACCAUAGAAGCUCAGCGAGUCAGAGUUCUCCAGAACCAGUCCCAGUGCCCAUAGGGAUUCCACAUCAAAUGGACAGUAGGCAAGACUUCACUCGGAAUACAAAGGAACCUUGGCUGCAUCAUUUCCAAACGAACAAUUUGAAUUUGAACCUAGGCAUUCCUAUCACAAAUUCUGGGCUCUACCAAAACGAUUAUUCUCUGAUGAUGCAAAAUGUAGGCAACAGACAAUACAUGUCGAACUCAAAUACUUUAAUGGGACAAGGCAUGGUCAAUUAUAAUGGAGCAACUGAUAAUGGAUAUGGAUCAUGUGCAUUAAUUGGUGGUUACAGUGGUCCGUUGCAGCCGGCACAUCACAGUUCUUACAACUUAAAUUUAAGAUUAAGACCACAUGAUUUUAGUAUUAACAAUAUAACUUUAUGAGAUAUAAAGACAAUAUAUAGAUAU